AUGGAAUUGCACAUAUCGCACCUCACAACACAGUCUCUAUUUCUCGCUCUACGCAUCCACACAUCGGCGGCGGAAUAUCACCGGAAAGCUGCGAAUUCCGAUCAUUUUUCUGCUCGCAAUUUGAUUGAGAUCUGCGAAUUGAUAGACGUCGGAUCUGGAGAAUUGCUGGAUCUGAGAGAUGGCGCUUUCCGGCAUGGGGGGUUGUCGGUUUUCAUCAGCGACAUCCGGAAUUGUCAGAAUAAGGAGCUGGAGCGCCUUCGUGUUGAUAAGGAGCUCGGGAACAUUCGAACUCGCUUUAAGCACGAAAGGCAAGCUUCUGAUGCAUUGCUCAGUGUUUCAACCGGGGUAGCAUUAUUAUCCAUGGAAUUAGAUGAAUCUAUAAAUGACAAUGUUCUUAUGGCUCUUGUCUCCCCCCAUCUCUGUUCUUUAUGGAAGCCUCCAUUUGGAAAAAGGGGAUUGUCACCUUAUGAGAAGAAGAAAUAUGUCUGGAAAAUGCUUUACAUUUAUAUGCUAGGAUAUGAUGUUGAUUUUGGCCACAUGGAAGCUGUUGGCUACAUUGUGACAUCAUGUCUUCUAAAUGAGAACCAUGAUUUCCUGAGAUUAGCAAUUAAUACUGUCCGCAAUGACAUUAUUGGCCGCAAUGAGACUUUUCAGUGUCUUGCCUUGACAUUGGUUGGAAACAUUGGUGGGAGAGAAUUUGCUGAUCUCUGGCUCCUGAUGUUCAAAAAUUACUUGUCGGACCGGAUGGCACAGCUAUUAGAUGAACGUGAUUUAGGAGUCUUGACUUCUUCUAUGAGCCUCUUAGUUGCUUUAGUGUCAACAACCAUGAGGCGUACUGGAGUUGUCUACCAAAAUGUGUUAAGACCCUGGAAAGACUUGCUAGAAAUCAGGAUAUUCCACAAGAAUACACUUAUUAUGGUUAAGACUAUGAGGGCUCUCCAAUAUUUUCCAACUGUUGAAGAUCCAAAUACGAGGAGGUCAUUGUUUGAGGUCAUGCAUCUUGAUGCUGAGAAAGAAAUGAUGUCUCAAUGUGUUGCACUGCUUGGAAAAUUUAUUGCUGUUCGUGAACCUAAUAUAAGAUACCUUGGCUUGGAGAACAUGACUCGGAUGUUGAUGGUCACAGAUGUGCAAGAUAUUAUUAAAAGACAUCAAGCUCAGAUCAUUACUUCACUGAAGGAUCCCGAUAUCAGUAUCAGGGGACGUGCCCUUGAUUUGCUGUAUGGCAUGUGUGAUGUUUCAAAUGCAAAGGACAUAGUUGAAGAAUUAUUACAGUAUCUUAGCACAGCAGACUUUGCAAUGCGGGAAGAAUUGUCACUUAAAGCUGCAAUUCUUGCAGAGAAGUUUGCCCCAGACUUGUCAUGCUUUAUAGAUAAGGCAGGGGAUUUCGUAAGCGAUGACAUUUGGUUCCGUGUCGUGCAGUUCGUUACAAAUAAUGAGGAUUUACAGCCGUAUGCAGCUAUGAAAGCCGAGACAACGGCAGUUGAAUAUCUAGCUUUGAGCAUGAAAGGUGCAGCUCUAAUGGAUAUACUUGCUGAAAUGCCAAAGUUCCCUGAAAGACAGUCAUCAUUGAUAAGAAAAGCUGAAGAUUCUGAGGCUGAUACAGCUGAGCAAAGUGCAAUUAAAUUGCGGGCACAGCAGCACACCUCUAAUGCUUUGGUACUUACUGAUCAACCCCUGCAAUGGGACCCAACCUGCACCCCAGCUUGGUCUUGUGAAGGUGCCUACCAUGAAUACACGGUGAGAUAUCAUUCUGUAGAUUCUGACUGGACUCACUUCUUAAAUGAAAGUUUUGAAUAUGUAUCCAAUAAGCAAAUAUGUGGCAGGACUGAAAGCACCUCUGGACAAGGAUUAGCAAUGAAAAAUGGGACUUUGGCAGUAGUGGAUCCCCAACCUCCUAGUACACCGUCUCCUGACCUCCUUGGAGAUCUUUUAGGGCCAUUAGCUAUUGAAGGCCCACCAGGUACUGCUCCUCAAUCUGAUCCAAGUGAUAGUGGUGUUCUAUAUGAGGAUGUCAAUAUCCAGAUUGGCAUAAAAGCUGACUGGCGAGGUCAUCAAGGUAGAGUUAUUCUCUUCUUGGGAAAUAAGAACACUGCCCCUUUAGUGUCAGUGCAAGCGUUGAUAUUGCCCCCAUCACAUCUAAAGACAGAGCUCUCACUAGUUCAAUGUCCACUUGAAGUAGUCAACCUCCAACCAAGCAGAGAUUCAGCUGUGCUGGACUUCUCUUACAAGUUUGGAGCCAAUCUGGUCAAUGUAAAACUUCGCCUUCCGCUGUCUUGA